AUGUCAACGAGAAGGAGCGCCAGAAUUCGCAACAUUGACUUGGGCGUCGCUACUAAGCCAGCUCAAUCUGCACCUGCGCCAACUGCCCCACCAAAGAGGAAGCGGAAGGCUCCGGCUGAAGACGAGAAAGAUGAGUCGACGGCAAAGGGGAAGAAAGCACCGGCGAAAAAGGUGAAAGCGACAACAUCAACCGGUCGAAAGCCAAAGUCAAAGGUCGAUGCCACAGCCGAGAGUGAGACCCUGAAUGAGACGGCCCUGGUGCCUGAUGAUGUCUUGUCAGUCUUGCCAGCCGAGAUCCUCCACCAGAUCCUUGAAAGCGUCAACGACUCAAAAAGCAUGGUCAAGAUGGCCUGCACCUCUAAGAGAUACUACGCCAUCGUAAUGGCCAUCAUCCACAAACGCAUCUCCGUCUCAACCUACUUCUGGGCUCACAUUCCCCACGUCAUCCGUCGAAUUGAACCUCAUCUAAGCAUCGCCCAGAAGAAGCAGCUCAAGAGAGAGGGUCAGUACAAAGGUCAACAAGAAAAGUUCUCAACUAGCCUGGACCCCAAUGCCGUCCCGCCUUGUGCCAGCAAUGUCCGGCAGAUGAUCAUUGGAAAGAUUGACCCCGGCAAGAAGCACAAGCCCUUUUUGAUGAGGUAUUUUGAGGAGGUUCUGAAAAACCUCCAUAACUUGGAAGUCUUUGAUGCCAAGGACCUAACGGAAUUGAUGGCGGAGGGCCUUUCUGAGAUGAAGAAUCUGAAGUCUUUACGACUCGACCCUUACCAACAUAGCAUAAAGUCUGAAGCUAUAACUGCACUCGCCAAGCUCAGUAAUCUCGAGCACAUCUGCAUCGAAGACAGGGGCUGGGGAUCAAUUGUUGUGGCCGACGAAAGACCCUUACAGAGCAUGCUACUCAACUCCCUAUCAACCCUCCAGAGUCUUGAGAUUCGAACAUCCAAAUAUUACUCUGACUUUCUUGGCGACUGGGAAGACAAGCUUAAAGCUCGCGACCCCGAUGCUUCGAAACAAGGGUAUGAUUUCACGGCGCUAAAAUCACUGACUUUACAUGGGAUGAGCUUCAGCGGCGACUUUUGUAAAAGGAUGAUGCCGAAUAUCACAAGAGCUUUUGACUUUCUCAUGCUGAGGGAGCUGAAUCUCAUGAAUCUCGGGGAAGGGCAGCUCACCUUCUUCAAACAUCUCGAGGAUCUGUUCAGUAAAGCUGACAAGCGAGAUAUCCACCUGCGAAAGGUGUGUUUGGAUAUGAAGGGACCUGGGCAUACAUCAAAGUACGCCGAGACAGAGGUCCAUCUCGAGGGGGUGUAUCGAUUUAUCUUAUCGUUUGACUCGUUGACCAGCUUGGAGAUUCAUGACUACAACAUGUAUAACACCAAUGUGCAGUCGAAUCCGGGACUUUCGAGGCGUUUGUUACAGUCGGUUGUGAAGCAUACGGGGCUUGAAAACUGCGCUUUCAUUAUCGGCAUUUGGGCAAACCUACCUUCGCUACGGGUCUUUGAGAUUGCUCCACAAGAAGAUGACCUUGUAAGUUGCUAUACCUGUCUUUACAUGAACGCUCAAACUGACGUAGAGGAGGAUGCAAUGGCCCGCGCCCUAUCACACGCCAAGAACCUGACAAAUCUACUCUGCCCCAACUUCAAAAGCUAUUACGAUGAUCGAGAAAACGCCCACUUGAACUUAGCCAAGAAGUUACUGGGAGGAUUCCUGGAAAACGCUAGUAGCUGUGAGAAAUUCGUUUGGGAGGAGAAUUUCAAGCUUGGGCGCCUCACCAUGGGCUGGACAGACUUGCGUAUUGGAUCUGGACUCAAGCCGAAGAAGAAUUUUGAAAAGCCUGUCAAGAUCGAGAGGGCCGAUCGUGUGGUUAUGGUGCAGGAUUUGCGGCCGAAGAAGUGGGGGGACUCGAAGCAGGUGUAUUACACUGCUGAUAGUCGAUGGGUGGAUCAUGUUACGAGGCCGGAUCGUGGUGAGGGGCCGUUGCAGCUUGUGUAUGAUGAUUGA